GUUUAUAGAUGUUGUGAAAAAGUAAGUGUUUUUCGAAAAUUGUCUACGAAUUGAAAGUUUUUGAGUUCGUAAAAGUUGUGUGCGGAAAGUUCAAUUUCGUUUUACCUAAGUUGAUUGGAUAUACCGUAGCACUGAUAGAAGUUCAUAUUGUGAGUUUCGGAGUUUGCCACUCAAUUUUUCCUAAAAAUCGCCAAAAUGAUGGCCCAAUUUUCUUGAAGAAAAUGCCUGAUUUCCUGUGUUCAUAGCUGGAAAAGCACUGACACUGCCUUUAUAAUUGCGUCUAAUGUAAAGCAUUUCAAUUCUGGGAAUCUUGUUCAUGGAGAGUAAUGGUUUUGAAGAGGAAUUAUUCGAACGGAUAUUAUGAAAAAAUGGCAUUCUGGAAUAAUAUGAAAGACUUAGCAAAAAUUUACGCGUUUACUUGUUGGCUUUUUUUAUCAGUAUAUGCCGACGAACAUAAUCAUAGAUACGAAAAAAACGACGAAGUAGUACUGUGGAUGAAUACCGUUGGCCCAUACCAUAAUAGACAGGAAACGUAUGGCUACUUCAGUUUGCCGUUUUGCACCGGCGCCAAAGGGUCUAUCAAUCAUUACCAUGAAACACUUGGAGAAGCUUUACAAGGAGUGGAGUUGGAAUUCAGCGGUCUGGAUAUCGAAUACAUGCAAAAUGUACCAUUCACUCCGUAUUGUGAGAUUUUCCUCAACGAAGAGAAACAGAAAGCCUUUAUAUACGCUGUGAAGAAUCAUUACUGGUAUCAAAUGUACAUAGACGAUUUACCUAUAUGGGGUAUUGUUGGUGACGUUGACGAAGAAAACAAAGUCUAUUCUAUUUGGACGCAUAAAAAAUUCGAUAUCGGUUAUAACGGCGAUCGUAUCGUUGAUAUAAAUUUGACAUCGCAGAAUAAAAUGCCAUUAACGUUGAAUACUAAAAUUAAAUUCACUUACGAAGUCAAUUGGAAACAGUCUGAUAUUCGCUUCGAAGAUCGUUUCGACAAAUACCUUGAUCCUACGUUCUUCCAACAUAGGAUUCAUUGGUUUAGCAUAUUCAAUAGUUUUAUGAUGGUUAUAUUUUUAGUUGGAUUAGUAUCCAUGAUCUUAAUGCGUACCCUUCGUAAAGAUUACGCUAGAUAUAGCAAAGACGAUGAUCUCGAAGAUUUAGAACGUGAUUUAGGAGACGAAUACGGUUGGAAACAAGUUCAUGGCGAUGUAUUUCGUCCACCUCCUCAUGGAUUACUUUUUUGCUCUCUGAUCGGUACCGGAUACCAAAUUACUUUGGUGACCCUCAGCGUAAUCACGUUCGCCAUUUUAGGCGAUUUGUACACGGAACGUGGCUCUCUAUUAAGUACCACUAUUUUCGUAUAUUCAAUUACGUCGCCGGUGAACGGUUAUUUCGGCAGCAGUUUGUACUCCCAAAUGGGAGGCAAAAAAUGGAUCAAGCAAAUGAUUGUGUCGGCUUUCCUUAUACCAGUAUUGGUUUGUGGUACAGCGUUCUUCAUCAAUUUCAUCGCCAUGUACUAUCACGCUUCUCGAGCCAUACCUUUUGGAACAAUGAUCGCAGUUCUGUGCAUCUGUUUCUUCGUUAUUUUACCACUGACCAUGGUAGGUACGGUGCUAGGACGUAAUCUGUCCGGUCAGCCAGAUUACCCUUGCCGUAUUAACGCCGUACCUCGACCGAUUCCUGAGAAGAAAUGGUACAUGGAUCCUCUCGUAAUCAUCAUGUUGGGUGGAAUAUUACCAUUCGGAUCGAUAUUUAUCGAAAUGUACUUCAUUUUUACGUCAUUUUGGGCUUACAAAAUUUACUACGUUUACGGUUUCAUGUUGUUAGUUUUCUUUAUACUUAUUAUUGUUACUAUGUGCGUGACCAUAGUUUGCACGUAUUUUCUUCUCAACGCCGAAGAUUAUCGUUGGCAAUGGACAAGUUUUCUUUCAGCGGGAUCUACUUCGAUUUAUGUGUAUUUGUAUUCCAUUUACUAUUUCUUUUUCAAAACCAAAAUGUACGGGUUGUUUCAAACGGCUUUCUACUUCGAGUAUAUGGCUUUAUUUAGUUUAGCGUUAGGUAUCAUGUGUGGUACUUUAGGUUAUAUGGGAUCGUCGAUUUUUGUACAGAAGAUUUACGCUACCGUUAAAAUCGAUUAAUUUAUGUUUCAAUUUAUGUAUCUUUCUUGUUACUUGUGUACCACGUUUUUUUCCAUAUUUGUUUAUUAUUCUAAAUAUUUAUUUUGUAUACCUUGUUAUACUAUUUUCGCGCGUUCGUAGACGUCGCUAGUCAUAGGUAUGAGAGAGUUAACGAAAGUACAAUAUUCGAAAUUUUCAUCACUUUUUCUUUGUUUAUUCCACAUUGCGUACCACUACUUACAUGUGAGAACAUUUUGGUACCUAUUUACUUAUCGGCCUGCGUACCCGGCCGAACAUAUGAAAUUUGAGCUCCCUAAGACUGAUUUUAAAAGAGAAUCGCACAUAUGAGAGAUUUAGUGAAUUUGGAAAUUUCUAAAUACCAGCUGAAAACAGUUGGUAGGUAAUUUAAAUGUUAUCGUACAAAUAUUAGUGACAGCGGUAAUUAUUAUUGGCGAAUAAAAUACCGUUUGGAAGGGGGAAGAAACCGUCAUCGUAUUAUUUGUAUUUGUAUAGUGUUUGCAUUUUAUUGAAAUACAAAGUGAUAUUAUAAAAGGGUUUUAAGGGUGAAGUUUCAUUAAACAUUUUGUAACUUUGUGUAAUAAUUGUAAGAUGUAUGUAAUGUUAGCGUAGAUGUAUUUUGUAAUGCUUAAUUUGUUAAGGUAUGUUUAAAAAACCACGUACGUGGUAUAUUGAGACUUGUAUAUCUAAUCAAUGUGAAAUAUUGAUAUUGGCUCCGUAAAAUAUGUUCCCAACUGUACUGUUAUCGUGAAAAACCCAGCUAAAGAAAUAGGCUACUAGAAACGAAGUGCCAUUCAACAUUCUAACUUUUAUUUUACAUACCUACUUAUUGAAUUUGUUUGAUUUUUUUUUUUGUAAAAAUAAAAGCAAUACAUUGUACAGCUGCAUUACGCAUAUUUUGUUUUUAUAAACGAAGAAAAAAAACAAUGUUUAAAAUAUUA